AGUUAACCACUCAAGCAUUGGCAACUUCUUGUACGAUAAUAUGAUUGUGAUUUUUGAUUAAGAGUCAUUGUUGGUGUUGAUAAAUUGUAUUUCUUUGUGCCGACAAGUGGAUUUAAUUCACCGAUAAUGGCGCGUGAAUAUGAUCAUCUUUUCAAGCUUCUUAUUAUAGGAGAUAGUGGUGUUGGAAAGAGCAGUUUAUUAUUGCGCUUUGCUGAUAAUACAUUCACAGGAAAUUAUAUUACUACAAUAGGAGUUGAUUUCAAAAUCAGGACUGUUGAGGUGGAUGGCGAGCGAGUCAAACUGCAGAUCUGGGACACAGCGGGACAAGAAAGAUUUCGUACUAUAACAUCAACGUAUUAUAGAGGAACACAUGGUGUAAUUGUUGUAUAUGAUGUUUGUAAUGGAGAAUCAUUUGGAAAUGUAAAAAGGUGGCUUCAUGAAAUAGACCAAAACUGUGAAGUUGUAAAUAGAAUAUUAGUUGGAAACAAAAAUGAUGACCCUGAUCGAAAAAUUGUGUUGACUGAAGAUGCUCAGCGAUUUGCUGAUCAAAUGGGAAUCCAACUUUUUGAGACAAGUGCAAAAGAAAAUAUAAAUGUUGAAGAGAUGUUCAAUGCCAUGACACGUAUGGUGCUGAAGAGUAAGAAAGACCAAAAAGAAAGGCAGCAACAGUCCCAUGAAAACACAGUAAAACUGCAGAAGGCUUCCCAAAGAAAGAAGAAAUGCUGCUAGUGCCUAUUAGUUCUAAUUUUCCAAAGGAACCUGCUCUUUAUCUUUGUAGCUCAACACUAGCCUCUCCUUCAAAAGGAGGGAGAGAUUCAAGGACAGAGAAGAAGAGCUUUUAAAACUGUAAAUAGCUCCAUGUCUGUGUAUAUGUCUGUAUGCUUAUCAUUUUCAAAAAUGAAUUAUUUGUGAAAUAUGAUUAUGCAUUUAAUACAUAAUUAUGAGACAAAGAAUUGAUAUACUUUUGCAUAUACUAUAAAGUAAGUGAAAGAUAUGCUCUGUGCAUAUCUAAGUACCGAAUCUUUAGAAAUUAUACAAAAUAUUAUGUUAUUUACUACUAAUAAUAAUAAUGCAUGGUUUCAAAAUAUUUAUUACAUAAUCAAAAUUAUCCCAAAAGGAUUUUUCAUAAAACUUUGUUUAAAUAUUAGUUUAUUUAAUAAAAUUUUCUGCUUAGUAUGCUAUAAAUUACCUAAAAUUAAGGGUAAGCAAUAGAAUAAUUAAAUUGUGUUUAAAGAAGUACUAUCUACAAAACACUUUUGAUAUUGGUUAUUACAACACUUGUUCAUGCAUGCAGUUAUCUCAGAAUUGUUUCCCAUGCAUAUAUAUAUUUUUAAUUGACCAACAGAUUGUAAUUCAAUAGUGCUAAAUUGCAAUAAUUGUAUGGGAUUUCGGGCAUUAACAUCCAUCCCAAAUUGUGAACCUUCUGAAUUAUCUUGUGUUAUCAUGAUGCAAUUUGAUGUUUCUGUUCACAAUAUACACUGCAUCUUGUCUUAUAUUGAGUAGUAUUGAUUUUUGGUCAGAAAAAAAAAACUAUGGAAGAUUAUCUUUUGAUUCUAAAAUAAUGUUUAUUUCAAUAUAUUGCAUCAUCUAAUAAGUUGUAGCUUCUUUUCACAUAGGCAUCCUGAAGAGCUUCAUUCAUGGUCAUAUUAAGUCAAUCAAGAAGGUAUCAGGGAAAUGCAAAUUAAAUAAGAUUGAAAUGGAAAGGAACUAAUUCUUACUAUUAAUGAGUGUGCAUUAGAUUUUGACUUUCCUUUGUAUAUUUCUAUUCUUUCAUAUGAUGGGCUAUAUUUUCCUUUAAUAUCAUGUCUUGAGAUGAGCUGCAUGUAAUCUAUUUAAUUCUGUUAAUAGAUUUUAAUUUAAUUCUAAGAAAUUUUGAACUGAAACAACUUUUAUUUUAUUACCAGAAUAUCCGCUCUUGGUUUUUAAAAAUCAAAUUCAAUAGCAAUAUUAAUUUGUAAAUUCAUUAAAGCAAUAUUUAAUUUUUAGGGUUCUGGUACUUACCUUCUGAUCGUCUCUCAUUCGUAUGAGUCGAUUCCGCAUAUGGGAGACAUUUUCAAUUAUAUUAUUACAUUUAAUUUGUAAUUAAAGAAAUAAUAAAGGCAUUUCUUAAAUGCCUAAAAUAAUUCUAAUAAAUUCUAAAAUAAUUCUAAAUAAAACGCAGGUCUGAAGAGAAGAGGGGGGGGGGGUGAUAGAAAUGAGUUGCAUAGGAUUUGUUGAAUGAUCUGCAUGCUUUUUUGUUUAGUGGAACUGAAAAGGACUUCAUUUUUCCUUGUCAUGUACAAAUUUGGAUGGAUUUUAUUAAAUUAUACACAUAUAGAAAGGGAAUUUAAUUUUGGUAAAAGUAGUAAAUAAAAAUGUAAUUAAAAUAAUAAUAUACAAUAGUAAAAACAGAUUUAGUUCACCCUUUAUAUCAUAAGUUGAACUUAUAUUUAGUAGAAUUCACUGAUUUAUGGAACAAUUCUUUUUUUAAUAUUCUAUCUUUUUGUAGCACAAUUUCUUGUUUGUUUGUUUUCAUUGGUGUCCUUCUUAAGCGUUCAGCAACAGCCUGUUAUCAUUUAUUGACAUUCAUCUUCCUUGGUAACUUUUUUUAUAACUUUUUGGGAACUUUAUCUCUUUUUCUUGCUAAAGGUUUGCAAGUUUUCAGAAAAAUAUUCUUCAAAAGAAUUUUAAAAGGGGACUACUAAGCUCAACUUGUAGUUUUGUUCAUUGAUGUUGCUAAUAUCAGUUUCCUUUUAUUCUUGCAAUCCUAAUCCUUGAUAUUUUUCAAUACCAUGUACUCUGCAUCCUUCAUGCUUUCUUCUUUUCAAUUUCAAUCAUAAUAAUUGUAAUUAUAAAAUCAAGCAAAUAUUUUCAUAAAUGAUAUUGUACAAAUAUCCCCUUUUUAAAUUUGGCCUCAGACAGUUUUGGGAAUUUGAAACAAAAAGUAUCUGAACCAUUCUCCAUCUUUAGCCAAAGGCAGAAGCUCUUAUUUAAUGUCGAGAAAUGAUAAUGGAAUCUUUCUCUGAGAAACAAUUCUUUUCCAUGUUUAAUUCCAUAUUUUAAUGUAUUAUGAGAAUGAUAAUACUAUAAACUCUGAUGAAACAAUAACAGCAUAUAUUUUCUGCAUAGUUUAAUUACUAGCUGAAAAACAAGCAUAAAAUUUUGAAAUCCUUACCUCACAUUCAAUGAUGCUCAUUAUGUUUUAUCAAUUGCUAAAAUUCAAAUUUUAUUAUUUUCCCUAAAAUAUACUGAGUACCCAACAGAAAUUGAGAUUACUUAUAUUGUAUUCAGUUUUGAAUAAAAUAAAUAAUUUCCUCUCCACCCACUCUUUUUUAAAAAUCUUUUUCUAAAUGUCUGUAUCUGGGAAUGAUUUUCUUGUACUUAGAGGUUUUCAUUUAUGUCUAAAAGUUCUUUUGAAGUGCUGAAAUCUUUGAUUAGAUUCACUUAGCAAAGAAUCUAACAAACCUUAUUCUAAGAAGAAAAAUUCUCUUGGGAGGGCAUAACAAGAUUUUGGUGUUUUCGUGGUAAGAGUCCUUUAUUAUUGCAACUUCAUUCAACGAUUUUUCUUGUUUCUGAUUGCAAAAAAAUUAAAUCGAAAUGUUUUUAAAUUAUUGAUUCAAUUUUAAUAAAUGGAAAUUUUAGAAAGGAAAAAAAAAAA